UAGAACUUGGAAAGGAGGUUUUGAACCCAUCUCUCUUAAGAGGUUUUCUUAAGAGAGAGCUUCAGGAGAAUAAAUAAAAGAAGAAGAAGAAAAAAAACACCCAAAAGAGAUUAUGGCGGAGGGGCAGUCCCCGGAGAAUUCACCGCCGUCUCCUACGCCUCCAUCUCCUUCCUCCCCCGACAACACCCAACAGCAAUCUCCUCCGUCUCCUGACUCCUCCUCCUCCUCCUCCUCUCCUUCAUCUUCACCACCAGCUCCUCCUCCGCCAGAUAAUUCCUCAUCCUCUCCUCCACCUCCUUCUUCAGACUCACAACCUCCACCUUCGCCACAACAAGAAAACAACAACAACAACAACAAUAACAAUGGUGGAAACAAUGAUAACAACAACAAUGGUAAUAACAAUGGUGGAAACAAUGACAACAACAACAAUGGUAAUAACAACAAUGGUGGAAACAAUGACAACAACAACAAUGGCAACACAAACAAUGGUGGAAACAAUGAUAACAACAACAAUGGUAAUAACAACAAUAAUGGAAACAAUGGAAAUAACAGCAAUAAUGGCAACAAUGGUAAUAACAACAAUGGGAAUAAUAACAACGGAAACAACAGCGGAGGAAGCAACAAUCAUUCGCCUGCUCCUCCUUCAAGAAACUCCGACCGUAACUCUCCUUCCCCACCGAGAUCCCUGGCUCCGCCUAGAUCAAGCGGUGGUGGCGAUGCACCGAACACGGGUGCUAUCAUAGGAAUUGCGGCUGGUGCUGGGUUGUUGCUUCUUGUUAUGAUCUUGUUCUGCGUCUGUUGCUGUCGCAAGAAGAAAAAGAAGAACCCAAUGCCGUACUACGCAAGCAAUGGUUACGCCACAGGCAAAGGUGAUCAAUACCAACAACAGCAACAACAUUACAAUAACCAAAGCGAGCACGUUAUGAACUUGUCUCAUCAACACCCUGGAUUAAACAGCAACAAUAACUGGAUGAAUUCACCGCCGCCACCACCACCACAGCCAGUUUCAGGCGGUGUAAACAACGGAAACAGCAGCGAAAUCUACUCAGGUCCAUACGGUCCGGCUCUACCACCGCCUCACCCUUCAGUGGCUCUAGGUUUCAACCAGAGCACAUUCACCUACGACGAGCUAGCUGCAGCUACUCAAAACUUCUCUCAAGCGAGACUGUUAGGGCAAGGCGGGUUCGGGUACGUUCACAAGGGGAUACUUCCCAAUGGGAAAGAGAUCGCUGUGAAGAGUCUUAAAGCAGGAAGCGGACAAGGAGAGCGAGAGUUUCAAGCUGAGGUGGACAUCAUUAGUCGAGUUCACCAUCGGUUUCUUGUGUCUCUUGUUGGUUAUUGUAUUGCGGAAGGACAGAAGAUGUUAUUGGUUUAUGAGUUCUUGCCUAAUGACACACUUGAGUUUCAUCUACAUGGUAAAAGUGGUAAUGUUCUUGACUGGCCUACAAGGCUCAGGAUUGCUUUGGGAUCAGCUAAAGGACUUGCUUACUUACAUGAAGAUUGUCAUCCAAAAAUCAUUCAUAGAGACAUCAAAGCUUCAAACAUUCUUCUUGAUGAAUCCUUUGAAGCCAAGGUUGCAGAUUUUGGGUUAGCGAAGCUAUCUCAGGACAACGUUACACAUGUGUCCACUCGUAUCAUGGGAACUUUCGGGUACUUGGCUCCAGAGUAUGCGUCAAGCGGGAAACUAACAGACAGAUCAGAUGUUUUCUCCUUUGGAGUGAUGCUUCUUGAGCUCAUAACCGGACGCAGACCUGUUGAUCUCACUGGUGAAAUGGAAGACAGCUUGGUCGACUGGGCAAGACCCUUAUGCUUAAACGCAGCUCAAGAUGGAGACUACAGUGAACUAGUUGAUCCACGGCUCGAGGGCCAAUACGAGCCUUAUGAGAUGGCACGAAUGGUGGCUUGUGCCGCUGCAGCCGUCAGACACUCAGCUAGACGCAGGCCUAAGAUGAGCCAAAUUGUGCGGGCCCUGGAGGGAGAUGCAUCGCUGGAGGAUCUAAACGAAGUGAAACCUGGGCAGAGCUUAGGGAGGGGUUCGAGCUCGGACUAUGACUCGAGCACUUACAGUGCGGAUAUGAGGAAGUUCAGGAAAGUGGCGAUGGAUAGCCAUGAGUACGGUGCAACCAGUGAGUAUGGGAACACGAGUGAGUACGGGCUUGACCCGUCUUCCUCGAGCAGUGAGGAGAUUCAUACAGGAGGAGGAAGUGGAGGAGCUAACAAAAACAACAAAACAAUUCCUAGCCGAGAGCUUUGAUUUAGCUGUUAGUUUCAAAACAAAUCAACUUCGCUGUGUUCUUGUGUUCUGUUUCCUGUGACAUUGUUUUACAACUCUUGUUUUAUGUCAGAUUCUGACCGUUGGCUACAUUUGUGUUUGUGUCUGUAUGUUUCUGUUUUGUGGAGAAAAAAUUAAAACUUUUGAUUGUGAUUUAACUGAUUAUUAAUGCUAAAAUGUAUCUGCUCAUCGUUUCUAACUUCAGAUUCCACAAGUGAGACAUUUGAUGUGAACAACCCCAGAUUCAAAAGUGUCCACCUUUUGAUCUUUUAAAGGCAAAUCAAUAAAAUCAUAUCUCAAUACAAUACGUAUAUUAACAAAUGCAAAGAGUAUAUCAAGCUUCUUCUUCCCAGUUUUUGAAAAAGAAAUUACAGAAAAAUAGAGGCACCACUCAGAGCUACAAAACAAUGGGACUAAAACGCAAAACGAAAGCUGUUUCUUGAAAC